AUGUGCACAAAACUUGAAUGUAUUGGUGAAUAUGUGUUCUAUAACUGCAAUUCCGUUGCAUCUAUCUCACUUCCAGAGGGCUUACAAUCAAUCAAAAGUUAUUGUUUCUACAAACUUAAAAUAACGUCAAUCAACAUUCCUUCCACUGUUUCUUCUAUAGAAGAUUUCGGAAUUGCAUCCAUCACCACAUUGACAAGAAUAACUUUUUCUCCAAACUCCCAAUUAACUUCAAUUGUGAUGUCAGCAUUUCAUACCACUAGCUUUGUAUCAUUCACCAUUCCAGAUAACGUGAAAAGCAUCAAUGGAGGUGCAUUCUUCGGAAAUUCUGUAAUGGAAAAUAUCUAUGUCUCAAACGAAAACCAGAAAUUCUGGAGUGACUCAUUUAUCGUUUACACCAACGAUAAUGCCACAAUUGUUUACUGUGCUCCGAAUUCUGGCUUGACUUCUUUCACAAUUCCAGAUACCGUUAAAACCAUCAACGAUGGCUGUUUCCUUCAUUCCAAACUCCAAUCAUUAGUUAUUCCAGACUCGGUUUCAAAAUUAGGGCAGUAUUCUUUUUCGAGAAUGAGAAGUAUUAAAAAGAUAAUUCUUCCAGCAACGAUAACAAUAAUCCCAAUUGCAUGUUUUGAAUCCUGCUCAAUAACAGAAAUGACAGUUCCAGAAGGCGUCACAAAAAUUCAAACUCAAGGCUUUGCAUACUGCUCUUCUUUGACCUUAUUAGUUCUACCAUCAACACUAGAAGAUAUUGGUGGUAAUGCACUCCCUAUGAGUAGCAAACUUGAAAUUAGAUUAUCAGGAAAUGAUGUUUUCUUAGAUACUCAAUUUUUGCUUUUUACAAGCCAAAAUACAACACUGGUUUUGCUUUUAGAUUCCAGUGCAAAUUCAGUUGUUAUUCCUUCAACAGUCAAGACAAUAAGAAAUUCAGCAUUUAAAGAUAAAAUUAAUUUAGUUUCCGUUUCUUUUGAUGGAGUACCAGAACUUGAGGUAAUAGAAGCUAAAGCAUUUAUUGGCUGCAAAAAGUUAUCAUCCUUUCCAAUAAGUCCAAAAUUAGUUUCGAUUGGAGAGUCAAGUUUUCAAGAUACAAAUUUAGGAGGAGAAUUAAAUUUCCCUUCUACUUUGACAAAUAUCGAUAGCAACGCGUUUAACGAUUUAAGUAAUAUUGAGAUAUUAUCUUUUUCAUCGACAAAUAAUUUAACAAUAGGAAGCUAUGCCUUCAGUGGUUGUUCAUCAAUAAAAUCAAUCACUCUGCCAUCGAGUGCAAAUGUUUUCUUAGGAAAUUAUGUUUUCAGCGGCAUCCGAAAAGUCAAAGAAUUUACAUUCACCAACAACAUCAAGAAAUCAGGAUUAGGGUGUUUCAUGAACAGCAGUUUCGAAACAUUCACAUUCGAAAACGACAUUUUUUGUUCGAACGAACUCCCUUCAUCAUUUUUCAAAGAUUGUUGCAAUUUAAGUCUCAUCUCUAUUCCAUCUAACAUUACCACACUUGGCACCGAAUGUUUGAGCAACACAGGCAUCACCGAUCUUUAUCUUCCCGACUAUGUUGAAACACUUGGUCUUCAAUGUCUUAAAGACUGCACAUCACUCGAAUCUGUUCACAUUUCAUCAACAAGCAAACUCGAGCAUAUCGAAUUUGGUGUUUUCAGUGGAUGCUGA